AUGGAUAUGUCUUCAACUUUUUGUGAUUCAAGUCUCACACAGAAUAAUCCUUUUCUGGACACUACGUUAACGCCACAAUUACCAUCACCAUCAAGUGAACCUGAUGUGGAUUGGACAGUUUUUGAAAAUGCUGAUCGUUAUCUCCUUCGAGAUGACAAUGCAUGGAUAGCUCGUCUCGGUAAAGAAUUCUGGUGGAAUUUAGAAUGUAUGACAGACAUGAUCAUUACUGAACAUACAACAAAUACAUUACAACAACAAAAUACAACUGGUCAAUCGGGUCAAGGAAUUUAUAAUCGUGUUAAUAAUAGCAGCCAUAAUUCAAAAAAUGUUGUUAAUUUUAAUGCUAGUCAUGCACAACCAUCAUCUGUUCCUUAUGCAAAUAGACAACCGACAAUUUCUUCGCCACAGCUACAAGUAGCGUCGACAGCUCAACAUAAUAUAGGAAAUUUAAAUUCUCUUAAUUAUCAUCAACCGCCACCGCAACUUCAACCUCCGUCCAGCACACAUUAUAACAAUCAACAUCAUUUCAAUAACCAACAAGCUAAUACAACACAAUACAAUGGUAGUGGAAAUAAAACAACACAUUUUCAACAACAACAACAACAACAAACUUCAAUGAACAACAGUAAUUUUAUGCCAAGAAAAAUAAUUGGUCAACGAAAUCAGUCUUCCAAUAACAGUAGUAUGAAUAGUGGUUCAACACCCAUUAAUAAUAAUUAUCAUUCAUCUAGUUUAUUUAAUUCUGACACUAAUCAUUCAACAAAUGGUGCAUCCGUCUCACCGGCACCAUCACAUUCAAGCACCUCAUCAUCUUCAUCUUCAACAAUAUCGGCUUAUUCAGCGAUUACACGACCAAAUGGUGGUAUAGCAGCUGCAUUUUCCAAUAAUUCCAUUCCAGAUAAUAAAUUGUUUCAUGCCAAUACAAACAAUAACAAUUUAUUUCAAGCAUUUGCGUCAACAUUCAAUGAUCAACUACCAAUGGAUAGUUUUAAUUUUAAUCCAUUUAAAUCAAAUAUAUCAUUUGAUAAUAAUACAUGGCAACAACAACCGAUAACAAAUUGGCAAUAA